AUGACGGUUUUUUGUCUUGAUAUUCUACUGCAUGGAAUCAUUCCAGCAGUAACUGGUGGUUUUUAUUAUGAUCUAUAUACAACACCAUUGGCUAAUACUGUACAUAUAUAUUUAUGGAUUUGUUUUAUGACAUUUCCUUUACUUUUAUAUCUAUUUACACCAAUUAGUCUAUUAUCCUGUUAUGUCUAUCCAUUAAUAAUAGCAAUAUUAUUUUCUAUUGUAAAAUUUCUUAACUAUCGUUUACAUAAAUUUUUUGAUUUGGCUGUAAGAUGUGAUGAUAUACUUGCUGAGAAUAACAAAUCAACAAUAAAUAUUACCGAUGAUAUUGAAAUACAACCAAAAUUACUCAAUCAACAUACGACAAUUGAUGCUCCAUCGGCAGAAACACAGCCUUUAUGGAUUGAUUCAUUAUAUGGUAGUAAUAAUUCUAAUUUACCAUCAAUUUAUGAUGAAUCAUAUGCUCGUAUACGUCGUUCAAAUGCUACAACAACAAAUGAUUGUCAUUCUUCAGCAUUAGUUGUACCUUCAAAGCAAAAAUCUAAUGAUCAAAUAGAUGAAUUAACAAAAUAUUCAUUAACAGAUGUUAUUUUACCACGAUCUAGUCUUCAAGAUACAUGUGUAUCUGAUUCAAAAUUAUGUGAAAAACAUGAACAAAAACAAAUAAUUAAAAAUUAUCAACAAAAAAUUUCUAUUCGUCGUGUUCAAUCCGAUUUUAAUAUGUUCUUAAUACAUAAUGAUAUAACUCAAUCAAAUUUAAUGGAAUCAUCUUCAAUGAAUGAUACUCGUUUAAAUAAAAAAUCAAAAUCAAUGGUCGAUAAUCUCAAUAAAAUUCGCUCAACAAAUAAUGAAGAAAAUAUAUCAAUUGCAGAAAAAAAUGAAGAAAUUAUUGACAAUAAAUCGGAAAAGCAUGCUGAACCAUGUUCAACUGUUGAUGUUCCUAUUGAUGAUUGGCGUCCAAUCUUACAGAUUCUUGAAAAUGUUUUUGCUGAUGAUGAUGACAUAUCUAGUAUGAUUCCUGAACAACCUGAAUCUCUUGAACCAUUAUUACCUAAUAAAAAAACUUAUGAUAAUCGAUAUUCAUCAAAAUUAAUUGAACAACAAAAUGAUAAUCAAGAUGAAUCAACUAUUCCAACACGUUUUCGUCGUACACAUUCAAAUCAAGGUGGACGAAGACGUCGAACAUCACGUCGUGCUACAUCUGUUGAUCAACGUCAAUCUUAUUCUAAUGGUGAAUCGAAUUCAAAUUAUCAUCAUCAUCUUUCACCAUCAUCAUCAUAUCGACGAGCAACUGUUCUAAUGAAAGAAACUUGUUUCGAUGAACGAACAUCAAAUUAUGAUUCUUUACGAGAUGAAACUAGUUUACGUGAUGAUUCAUUAACAACAACACCAUCAGAAGAAUCAUCACAAUUAAUAGCUCGUACUACAGAUCGACUUCGAUGGAUACCUGUUUAUCGACGAAAUCAAUAUGAUCAAGAUUCUUCAUCACAAAUUAUUGAUGAAGUUGAAUGGCAUAAUGAAACAAGUCCAGGAACUGUACAUUAUUUUCGUGAUGAAAAUGGCAAACUUUUUUCAUAUAUUUUUGGUGAUACAUCAUGUCAAGCACGUAUGGAAACAUCAGAUCCAAAACCAAUGAACGAUAUAAUAACACGAAGUAUUAGUGAUGAAACUGAAGAAACAAUUGAACAAAUGCCAAGAGAACAACAAAUAACACCUCCACAAACUCCACUAACAACUGUUCGACAAAAUCAUGAAUCAUGUUCACUUUUUGGUCGUCGUCGACGUCGUCAUCAUCGACAACCACAUCGAUCACGACGACAUGAAAAUUGUUUUCCUUAUAUACUACAUGACUGUAAAGAUCGUUCAAUACCUGAAUGUAUUCUAUGUAUAAUCUUAGCUAUUAGUGUUUCUAUAGCUGGUAUUCACGUUCUAUAUAAUGAUGUUUAUUAUGAUUUGGAAAUUCUUAUUUAUUGUUGUGUUAUUGCUGCAUCUCAAUAUUCAUUAUUAAAAAGCUGUCAACCAGAUGUGAAUACACCUGUUCAUGGUUUUAAUCGUAAUACGGCAAUAAGUCGUGCGAUCUAUUUUUGUUUAUUUUCAAGUUUAUUAUUAAUAAUCUAUAAAUUAAAAGUUUACUCAUGGCAUUUUCUAUUAUUUGGAAUAACAUUUUCAAAUAUAAUUGUCUGUAAUAUGAUCUAUAAUAUGUUAUCAAUUAUAUUAUUAUGUUUACCAUUAUUAUUUCUAUUUGGUCUUUUACCACAAUGUUCAACAUUUCUUCUUUGUAUACUUGAAAAUUUUGAUAUGCAUUUAUUUGGUGGUACAGCUAUGAUUAAUAUUCCAGGCGCUUUAUAUAGUUUUAUAUUAUCAAUAAUUUAUUUUAUUUUUCUUUCAAUUAUUGGAUAUUAUGGUUUAUUAAUCGAUACAUCAAAAGAAGAUAUGCAAAAUAUGUUAUUUUCAGUUUAUUGUGGUUUAACAGUUAGUAUUUGUUAUAAAUUAAGUCGUGGUUCAAGUAAUCCAACUGUACUUUGGAAUAUAAUAAAAUAUGAUUUAUUUAAAAUCAAAAUAAUAUCAACGAAUCAUGAUGAUAUACAAGAUCCAUUGCCAGAUAAAUUAAAAACUAUUGUAAAACAACGUUUUCAGUCAGAUAUAUUACUUUGUUUACUUAUAUUUAUUCUUGUUUUUGCUGCACAUGCUUCAACAACAUUUACAAGUCUUCAACCAAUACUUAAUUAUAUUAUAUGUUCAUUGGUGAUUAUUUUCGGAAUUUUAUUUCAUUAUAUAUUACCACAACUUCGGAAACAAUUACCAUGGUUAUUAUUUAGUGAACCACUUAUUAAACAAGCAGAUUAUACAUUAUUUGAACCAACAGAAGCAACGAAAGUUUUGUUUAUAGAAAAAUUAUUUGUAUGGAUUGUUUUCAUUGAAAAAAAUAUUCUUUUACCAUGUACAUAUCUUGGUGCGUUAUCACAUUCAGCACCAAUUGUUAUUAAAAAAUUUGGUUUAUUAUCAUCAAUAUUAAUUUUAACAUUAUGUUCAAUGAAAAUGCUUCGUAUAGGUUAUUGUAAUUCUGCAAGACAUUUUCUAUAUGUAUUAUUAACAACAAUGAUGACAUAUGUAAUGACAUCAAAUCGUUCAGAAACAUUUUUACUGAAUUAUUUUAUUUUGUCUAUAUUUACUGAAAAAUUAAUUGAUUUUAAAGAAAAAUUAAAUUUCAUUUUUGUCUAUUGUGCACCAUGGCAAAUAUCAUGGGGCUCAGCAUUUCAUGCGAUAGCUCAACCAUUUUGUAUACCACAUUCAGCUAUACUUAUUGUUCAAUGUAUAGCAUCAGCGUUAUUAAAUUCUCCAUUAAUGCCAUUAUUAGGUAGUGCUGCAUUUAUGUCAUCUUAUCCACGUCCAAUAAAAUUUUGGGAAAAAAAUUAUAAUACAAAACGUAUUGAUAAUACAAAUGUACAAUUACAAGCACAAAUAAAUGAAUUUCAUUGUGGUCUGGAUGAUAAUAAUUUAAAUGCAAUUUUUUAUGAACAUUUAACUCGAGUCUUACAAACAUCAUUAUGUGGAGAAAUUCAACUUGGACGUCUUGGAAAAGUCAAUACAGGUGAUUUUUUUAUUUUAACAAGUGAUAGUUUAAAUUGUAUGAUUCAUCUUAUUGAAAUCGGUAAUGGUUUUAUAACAUUUCAACUUCGUGGUCUGGAAUUUAAAGGCACAUAUUGUCAACAACGUGAAGUUGAAGCUAUAACAGAAGAUAUCGAUAAAAAUCGUGGAUUAUGUUGUUGUGAAGCUGGUCGUUUUCCUCAUAUGCUUUCAUUAAAUGCUGCAUUUACACAACGAUGGCUUGCUUGGGAAGUUAUUUGUUUAAAAUUUGUUGUUGAUGGUUAUAGUAUAAAAGAAAAUAAAUUUAAUGAAACUGUUGUUGGUUAUGAUUUACGUAAACGACUUAUUUCAUUAAUGAUUAAAGCAGUUAUAUUUUAUGCUAUACGUUCCGAUCAACUUGUUACUUGGCUUGAAAAUGAACAAAUUCGACAGGCAAUGAUGGUAUUUAUCGAUCCAGAUCAAGUUGAUGUUGAUCCAUCAUUUACAACUUUAUUUGAUGAUGAUUUUAAAGUUGGAGCGGGAGGUGUAACAAAAAAAACUUUUACAUUUAUUUAUGGAUCUUGGAUUAGUUUAUGUAAUAAUAAACGACAAACACCUUUAUCAUCAACACAAGAAGAUGAUUUAACAACAUUUUGUUUUAUUUUAUCAUUACUGGCACGUCGAACUUUAUUUAGUUCAUUACCUUCACAUCAUACGGUUUUACUUGAAAUUUAUCAUGAAAAUUUUGUUCAUGGAUUUUAUUCACUUUUUAAAGGUGAUUUUCGUCUUGCACCCAAAGAUGAAUGGGCAUUUGCUGAUAUGUCCUUAUUGAAAAAUGUUGUUGCAGAAGGUGUUCGAAUGUCAUUAAAACUUAAUCAAGAUUCAUUUCUUGAAAUGUCCGAAUAUCUUGACAAUGAAAAAUUAUACGAUGAUAUUGCUCAAAAUGAUGUUAAUCUUGUCAUAACUCAUGAAGCUUCACCUGAAUGGCGAAAUGCCAUUUUAUCAAAUAAACCAUCAUUAUUAGCAUUAAGACGAGCACUUGUUGAAAGUAUAGAUGAAUAUCGAAUAGUUAUGUUAGAUCGUCGUCAUUUAUCAUUUCGUAUUGUUAAAGUUUCAAAAGAAUGUGUACGAGGUUUUUGGGCAUCACAACAACAUGAACUAAUAUUUUUGCGUAAUCGUAAUCCUGAACGUGGUUCAAUUCAAAAUGCUAAACAAGUGCUUAGAAAUAUGAUUAAUUCAUCAUCCGAUCAACCAAUCGGUUAUCCAAUAUUUGUCUCUCCUUUGAUAACAUCAUAUUCUUCAACAAGUAAACCAUUAAAUAAUCUUAUUGGUGGUGAACUUGCAUGGGAUUUAAUUCGAAAAAAAUUAUCUGCAUUUUUUCAACGAGCACAUACAUUUUUUCUUUCACAUUGUGUUGGAAAUGCAUCAGGUACAAAUGAAGUUAUUCAACUAGCUGAACGACGAACAAUAUCACCUCAAGGUACUCAUCAUAUUCGACAAUCAUCAUUGAGUACAUCUGGAAAUGCAACUCUCGCUGAACAAAUACGUUCAUCUUCAGUUCAACAAAAUAUCAAUACAAAUUCAAAUAAUGAAAUGAUUGUUAAUACUAAUUUAAAUAAUAAUAAUAAUAAAAAAUCUCUUCCAUCUGAACAACAAAUAUCUACAGCUAUAAAACGUACAUCAGAUAGUUUAAUGGUAACAACAUCAACAAUAAUUAAUGAUGAACAAACUCGAAGACGUUCAUCAUUAUCAACGGAAUUAAAUACAAGUGAUCGAAGUAGUCGAAAAGGUCUUAAUUCAAUGAGUAAUAGUGUAUCAACAACAAUUAAUUCAAAUAAAGAUCUAUCUACAACAAGUAAUAUACAAAUAAAUCGAUCAAUGAUUACAUACUCAACAAAUGGAAAUUCAAAUGAAAAAGUUGUUAUCAUUGAUACUACAGCUAUAUAUGACUCGAUUAAUUUGGGUCGUCGAAUUGAUGUUAUUUGGCCUAAUGAACAAAUGCGAUUGAAUGGUGGUCGUAAUGUUUGGUCUGGUUGGUUACCAAGUGUUGGUAUGACUGGUCUUGUUGUUCAUCGUUGGAUACCUAGACAUCGUGAUGCACGACAACGAUCUCAUAUUGAUAAAUGUAUAUUACUUGUUCAUAUAGAUAAAUAUGAUAAAUUUGUACCAAUUGCUGAACAUGGUGUACGAUUUAUUGGAGAAUCAACAUAUCUUUGA